AUGCCGCUCGCACCACCCCUCAAUCUGCCCAAAUGGCUCUCCGAGAACGGUCAUCUUCUGCGUCCUCCCGUGAAUAACUUUUGCCUUUACUCAGGAGGAGAUUAUGUUGUAAUGGCCGUGGGCGGGCCAAAUGAGAGGAACGACUAUCAUGUCAACGAGACUGAGGAGUGGUUUUACCAAUACAAAGGCGGCAUGCUCCUCCGUGUUGUCGAUGGGGAUGAAUUCAAGGAUAUCGAGAUUGGAGAGGGAGAGAUGUUUCUCCUACCAGGUACGAGCUUCACUAAUACGCCCCACAAUCCCGUGAGGUUUUCCGAUACAAUCGGUAUCGUGAUCGAGAGGGUCAGGCCAGCUGAUGCCACGGACCGUCUCCGCUGGUACUGCCGGCAGCCUUGCCACACGAAGCCCACCAUCAUCAGAGAAGAUUCCUUCCAUUGCACUGACCUCGGGACGCAACUGAAGCCCCUCAUCCAGACGUGGAUGUCGGACGAGGAGGUCAGGAGGUGCGGUGAUUGUGGAUCUGUGGCCCCACCGAAGUAA